GGGCAGUCGCCUCAAGAUCAGCCAUACCCAAACCCCGGUGUGGUAGUCUCCUUUACAAACUAUCACAGCGCCCCAUCCCUACUCCGGCCAAAAUGCAGAGCACAUCGAGGAAAAAAAGGUACUUGCUUGAUGAACUUAUGAUUGAUAUCCCCCGUUACGACCCAAGGGAUGACGACCCCUCAGAAGAUAAGGCCCUCCGAACCCUAAGGUUGAUGAGAGAAACUCAUAAACAACAACGUGACCGACUUCUUGCUAGACACCUGCGAGAGAGUGAACAGUGGAAGAAAGACGCGGUAGCCUCUAUUGAUUGGGAUAACACAGAACUUGUUGCAAAUGUACCUGGGAGCCCCCCCACCAUGUUGGCAUAUUCAGUCGAUCAGAUAUCCACCCCUGAGGCCGAACAGGCUCUUGAGAUCAUGCCGGCUGAAUACCGCCAUACCAUAGUGUCCAUCAAGCAAUUUGACCGCCCGCCCAACAGCAAUUCCAAUAGAGCGAUGCUGGACUCUUACAAGCUUGCUGGCAUGUUUGCCGACGAAGGUGUACAUAUGAGGCAGCGAAUGGUACGGGAGGAACAGGACUUGAGGACUCUUCAGGAACAUGAGAAGGCGCCAUACUACGAAGUCCUGAGGCGACAAGAUCCUGAACGUUACAACGCAAAGGAAGGAGUGCCUCUUCCUACAAAAGCUGGAGCAAACCAAUCCCACCACUUGAGCUUGAGGGCAUCGGGAGCCCGCCGGGAUUCUGGACCUUCCCAUACGUUAAGCAGUAGUAAUGCGCCCGGAGUCGGCACGGCCACUGACUAUUUUGGGCAGAAAGGUGGCCCUGAAGCUGUUGGAUCCUCGGGAGCCUCUGCGGCCAAGAGUCGCGACCCACGCCCUAGACCUUCUAUGGCCACUCCACUUGCAAUUCAGGAAGGCGCCAGUGCUACUGCAGGCAGACAAUCCGGCGGCUUUGGUGCUGGGCCACCUUCAGGUCACCCGUUCAGCGACUCAAAUCGCCUUUGGGGAUUCGCCAGUCCCGGUUUCGCACUCGCAAAGGAGUCACCUGGCUCACCAAUGCCCCCUACUAGCCCUCUUACCCUCAACCCUUUCGACAGGAGGAACUCAUCGGCUUCGAGCCAAGCGGCGAUAAUAAACAACCUUAGGAAUGUGCCUGACGACUCAGGGGAGGCCGCUUACUUGAAGCGGAUCCUAAUGACCCAACAGCAACAAGAGCAACAGCACCAUUCCAACCAACAGCCGCCCCGUUAGAAGACCUGCCGAUACUGCCCUUCUAAGUCCGAGCCAACACGAGGGGGCCAGGAACCCCCCCCCCCCGCUAUUAAUGGAUCGUUUAUGAGAGAUAUGUUUGUUUAUGAAAGAAAUUGUAAUGUAGUGUGGAUAGUAGAUUAAUCAUGUCAGAUGUUUCAGGCGUCCCCAGCCGGCACCCCGGACGCGCCGACUACUCCUACCCCACUAGUGUGCAAAUACAGUACAUUGAGCGUUUACAAGUGUUAUAGUUUGUGCGGUCUGCUCGUGUAGCCUAUGAGAUAGUAUCUGAUAGUCAUGAGUACCGGUAUUGUUUCUAUUUAUGAAUUAUACUCAGGAAGCAACUGCGAGAGGAAAGGGAGGUAUGGGCGCACUAGGGCACUCUUUCUAAACGUCUCGGUGGAGAGAGUGUUUUGAUAGGCUUGAGUACGGUAUUGGAGAGAAACGUCGAAGCUUUGGAUCAAGUUGGCACCAGCCGGUUCCAAUGAUUUCAGCGCAGCCACAAUACUCCCCCAUCUAUAACUCUUUCUUGCCUGUAAGUAUAUAUAGCCUGGGGGGUGCAAUACCAAGGCAAUAAGAAUAUCAGUAAUGAAUUCUAUUGAGCACGAAUUUUGUCGUGCAGCUAUCGCUAUACCAGCGCGCAGUAUUGUGUUGUGCAAUAAUGUACUUAUACAAGCUGCCGCACGCUAUCAGUUAUCGUGGUUGAUUGUAUGCAUGCAGUUUCAACUGUCAUUCUAUAUCCGCCAUGCCUGUACUAUAGAAACCGGUAUCAUAUAUUAUAUCCUUUUAUAUUUCUUGUUUUUUUCGGUGGUAAUGCUGGUGGACAUCGCGCGCAGAGCUAUGGUCCGUCACUGCAUUUUAGUCAUUGGUAUCGUAGCCUUAUGCUGGUGUAGAAUAUUUAAGGCUUAUUGUUGUGGCCUUAAA